CCGGUCUCGUCUGUCACUAAAUAAGGUUGACUAAGAACCAGAACAAGAUGGUAUCUCUGCUCCAAAAUGUCAAGGCAACAAUGGCCUGGCGGAAACACCAGCUCCUAGCUGACUUCGAUGAGAAUGAGAGCCCUGUACCCGACAAAUUCAAGAGAAGGGCUUCUUUGAGUUCUCUCAAUACCAUCCGCAUGUCUCUAAGGAAGCGAGUACCAUUAAAGCAAGUAGAGAUGAAUUUUCAUAAGACCCCAACUUGGGAAAGUCUGGGAGCAAGACAGAAGUGCCAAACUCUUCAGAGUAUUAAAAGAACAGCAAAAAAUGCUUUCGGAGCAGUGUCCCAGAAAAUACAGAAGUCUUGCCAAAGCCCAGUACACUCGAUGGUGACCCACCCAGUUGAAUCCAUCAGCAGAAGCUGUGUAACCAGUUCUACCAAGAAAAGAAGUACUACACCUCGAACCCCUUGCCGUAAGAGUGUUACUCCAGCAGCCAGUUCCAAAGACACCCCAAGAUCCAGCAAAAGACCCUUGCUUGGGCCAACAAGGGUGUCAGAACGUAGAGAAUGGAGGGAUUUCUCAUCCCGGCUUGGUAAAGAUGCUGUUUCUUUUCGGAGAUCAAGAAGAGCAGCAGCACUGAAGAGUCCUUAUUCAUCACCUACUCCUGCCAACAGAAAGAUGCGACACACAAUAUCAAACUACUACUAUCUAAUGGCACAAAACUUACAGUCUGCACAUCGAUCUCGGAAACUUUCUCAAGCUAUCAGAAGGCGAGCAAAGAAGGUCCAUCAAGCACUUGGCACCUAAACAGAGAUGGCUGUAACUAUUGUUAGUUUAUGAGUAUAUACAAAGGAGAGCUCUGCGUAGCACUUGAAAGGGUGUGCUCUAUACAUUGAACAUUUUAUAAUCUUUCUUGAUAAAGCAGCUCAUGACUUCCCUUCCCUUGCUUUCUCUUUUCAUAUGAACAAGAGAAUCAAAAUUGCACCACAGUGUAUUAUCUCCUGCUGAGAUGAGGGAC